UGACUUCUAGCAUCCUCCGUUCUUAUCCUUUUCACCACAAAUUACGAAAAAAAUAACAAUUUAUUUUUAUUUUAGAUUAGAUAAAAAAAAACUAUAUUUAAAAACUAAAACUAUUAGAUAAAAUUGAAUUGUUGUUUUAUGCACUUUAUUCUUAUUGAAAUCAUAAAUAUGGUAAGAUGUUUAAUUUAUAUGAAAUAUAUUCUCUUCAUAUAACAUAUAAUGAGGUUCAUUUAGGCUUUCAAAUAGCAGAUGUGACUUUAAGAAAGGUGAAUAACACAACUAAAAUUUUAUACUCAUAUAUAUAUAUAUAUAUAUAGCACUUAAUUCAUCAAGCUACAACUCUUUAGUAUAGAGAGAGAGAGAGAUGAAAAGAAGAAGAGAAAUGGAGAAACAAUGUUCAUCGGAGUUAAGAUCCACCAUCGAUGAGCUUUCUUUGUUAGCUGUCAUGAAGUUUAAACAUCAUCGUCAUCUUCAUCAUCAUAAUGAUCCUGUUAUUACAGAUGGCCUGCCAAAUGACACUCAUAUCCCUACCAGGCCCUUCCUUUCUGUCUGCAAUUUCCUUCUUCAUCUUCUUGAUAAGAUAGGGCCAACCAUGGCAGUUCUCAGACAAGACAUCCAUCGGAAUAUACUGAGACUGGAGAAAAUGCAAGAAUUAGACCCCGUGCUUUAUUCAAAUGUUGUGGAGAUACUAAAGAAAGAGGCAAGUGAAGGCACAUCAAGAAAGAUGAGUAGUUGUAGCAAAGCCUUUGUUUGGCUUACUAGAUCUUUGGACUUCACAUCGAAUUUAUUGGACUUAAUCGGGAAAGAUCUUGGAGUGAACAUCGAACAAGCUGUUCAAGAAGCAUACGAAGCCACUCUAAAACCAUGGCAUGGCUGGAUCUCUUCUACGGCUUACAGGGUAGCAUUGAAACUAGUUCCCGAUAACAAAACCUUGAUCGGGAUUCUCAUGUCAGAAACCGUAGACCAAGAAACUCUCAAAGAGGAAUUAAAAUCGUUUACAUCAUUGCUUGCAUCAUUUCUAAAUGAAUUACACACAAUUUUGGAAACCUAUAAGUUGCACAAGGUAAAAGCUACAUAAAGAGUGAUCAUGAGUGCAAAGAGAAGGCUUAAAAACAAAAACAAAAAUACUUUUAUGUAUAUGUAUAUGAUAGUUUUGAGGUUUUGAUAUGAUGUUGUUUGAAAAGGUUGUCUGAGGCAACAAAUUUUAACAUUUUAGUGAUAUAUGUUGUCAUAGAUACCCUUUUCUCUACGGGUGAAAUACCAUAUUAGAUAGUGCAUAUGUAUGUGUGUUUGUGUAGUGUGUAUGUAUAUAUAUAUGUGUGUGUAUGUACAUAUAUUUUCUUGUAAUUUGAAAUUCCAUUAAAGUUCAACUUAGAGAAUAUAAGCC